UGACACCAGACCGUCAACGUGUCACAACCGAUUUGAGCAUGUACGCGUGAACGGGUACAGCAAUCCUUUCUUUUCUCGCAUGUCAUCACGAAUUCGAGCACCUCUUCGUGACCGGUCACCGCUACUACCAUUGUCGGGACGUUCCUCCCCGGGCGGAAGCCAUUUUAGUGAACCCAGUGGACACCGCUUCGCAGAUGAUUUGGAGGGACAAAAUGACGAGAUGCUGGAGGGACUGAGCGCCAAAGUAAAGCUGCUGAAGGAUAUAACUAUUGGCAUUGGGAACGAAGUCCGAGAAUCAACGGUGCAGCUAAGCCAGAUGAACGAUGCCUUUGCAGAAACAUCCGGGAUCCUCUCAGGAACAUUUCGUCGAAUGAACAACAUGGCUGCACGACAAGGCUGCCGAUGGCUGUGGUACAUCGUCUUCCUGAUCAUCGUUUUCUGGUUUUUUAUGGUUGUCUGGUGGUUCCGGAGGUGAUGUAUGGCACAUCGUUUCUCACUGUUCUCGGUCAUUACUUGU